AUGAUCCCGCUAUAUUGGCCCAAUAUCAUUGGUUAUGUUAGAAUACUAUUCCUCAUAGCAGCCGUUUCCACCUUCCAUAAGCACGCAUGGACCGCGGCCGGUUACUAUACCAUAAGCGAAAUACUAGAUGCCCUAGAUGGACAUGUAGCUAGAUGGCUCAAUCAAGCAUCAUUGUUGGGAGCGUGCCUGGAUCAAGUCACAGAUAGAUUGUCUACUCUGGCCAUCUAUAUGCUACUAUGCAGUCGCUACCCGAGUUGGUCAGGGCUCAUUUUCGCUCUGGCGGCCGCAGACAUUGGCGGUCAUUGGAUCUUUGUUCAUGCCCAAACUCUACGAGGAGCAAGAACGCACAAGGAGGUUCAUUUGCCGUGGCCUUUCUUGAGGUUCUAUUACUCCAACCGUCUGUUUAUGUUCACUGCCCACUUAGCCUACGAGGUCUUGUGCUGCUCGUUUCUCGUUUGUUCGUGGCACAAAGUGGGCACCUUUCCUUACGAAUCUGCGAGGUGGCUUGGCGUUAUUAGCGCUCCACUCGGAGUAGUCAAAGCUGUACGACUACCAACCACGCAACCAUCGGUUGUCAUCCCCCCUUCUUCCAUCACAAGUUGUCCUUCUGGCACUUUGCCGUUCUCUCUCAAUUGUCCCGCUAUUGCUCCCGCCACUGCUCCCGCUAUUGCUCCCGCCACUGCUCCCUCUGUUGCUCCCGCCAUUACUCCCGUAUUGCUCCCGCCAUUACUCCCGUAUUGCUCCCUUUCCUUGUUAACAGGUUUCCAUAUUUAG